AUGUCGGAUUGGGAUACGGUAACUAUCUUACGCAAGAAGCCUCCAAAGGCUUCAGCUUUAAAGACUGAACAGGCUGUUAAUGCAGCUCGCCGUCAAGGAAUCCCAGUAGAUACACAACAAAAGUACGGUGCGGGUACUAAUAAACAGCACGGAACUACAAAAAAUACUGCAAAGCUUGACAGAGAAACUGAAGAGUUGAAACAUGAUAAAAUUCCACUGGAUCUCGGUAAACUAAUAAUGCAAGGACGACAAGCAAAAGGAAUGAGUCAAAAAGAUCUGGCCACAAAAAUUUGUGAAAAACCCCAAAUAGUAAAUGAUUAUGAAGCAGGUCGAGGAAUUCCAAAUAAUAUUGUACUUGGUAAAAUAGAAAGGGCAAUUGGAAUAAAACUUCGAGGAAAGGAACGUGGUCAACCACUACAGCCUCCUGGAGGAAAGAAAUAG